CCGUUGACUGCCUCAACGUGUACGCUGGCAAAACAAACGAGAACUGUCAAAGCGAUAACAAGUGUUUCUACACAGUCUGAAUUUGAAGAUGGAGAAUAGCGGUGUUUUUAAUAUUGAACAAUUAAUUCAAGCUGCAGAGUAUCUGGAAAGGAGAGAGAGAGAGGCUGAGCAUGGUUAUGCUUCUACUGCACCUAUGCCGGAAUAUUUAGCUAGCAAAAAGAAAACAAAACCAAAGAAAUCUCAGGGAAAUCGAUCUACACACAACGAAUUAGAAAAGAAUAGGAGAGCACAUUUGAGGUAUUGCUUGGAGAAAUUAAAAGAUAUUGUGCCCGUUGGUGGUGAUUCCUCCAGACACACAACCUUGGGAUUAUUAACAAAGGCUAAAAGUUUUAUCAGAAUGUUAGAAGACAGAGAAAGGAAAAGUCAUUCAGCCAAAGUGCAAUUGAAAAGGGAACAGCAACAGUUACAGAAGAGAUUAGAAUCCCUUAUGCAGGGCCAGUACAGGCGACAGGAACGCAGCAUCAGUGAAUGUAGUGCCACCACCAACUCAACUACCUCCUCCAAUUCUGAAACCGAUGAAGUUGACAUUUUAGGGUAUGGAAGUUCAACAAGUGAUACGGAUGAGAGCUGUGGCAGCGAUGGUUAUGAUUCCAAACGAUUAGUAUUAAAUUCCUCUCCAUAUCCAGAGUCCCUAUGAAAAUAAGUGAGGUCUGCAUGUAUGUCAAAGAGACAGAGGGAAGAUUUUUUUUUCAAUUUACUCUCAGAAAAUAUGUGUUUGUUUGUGUAAAUAUAUGUGUAUGAAUGUAUUACUUGUAGAGGAAAUUCAACAUUUUUUUUUAAAGAUCUGUUAUAUAUAGUGUACAAAGAAUUGGAUUGUGUAUGCUGUUGAAGAAGGGGAUGCAAUUUUUUUUCUGGAGUUGAGAAUGAAAAAAAACGAAAUAUAGUCAUAUCUUGUAACUUUUCUCUCGUGAAGCCAAAUAUUAUAUUUCUGACAUUUUAAUUUUUUUUCCCAUGUUGUACAAAGAGCAGUGGACAAUAUUCUUUAGCCUUUUUUCUGCAGCUUAAGUCUAAUCAAGUGUACAUUUAUAAUUCUGAAAUCUAUUGCUGUUUAUUUAAUAGUGAAUUUUCAAAGCUUAUACAAAAGAACUUUUUAGUACCAUAUUUAACCUGUUUUUAAAGGAAAAUCUAGAGGCAGUAACUGUGACCUAGACAAUUUAAAAAAAGAGACACCUAUUACUGCAGUCUGAUUGAAUUUGAAAAACUGGGUUAGCUGAUAAUACUCAGUUUGUUUUUGCAUGUCGAUGGGCUAUUUUUUCAGUACGUGGGUACAGAAUGUGCUUUACUGCAGAAGUCUUGCCAAGUUUUUGGAAGGAAAGUACUUUUUAGUUAAGGGGUGAAAUAUUUUAUAUAUUCUUCUACGAUCAUCAGGAAUAAUAGCUACGCAAAAUAUGAUGUAAAGCACUAUUAAAGAAUAUUUCACUGCUUGAAAUACAUUUGUUUUAAGGGGAUAAGAAAUAUUCUUUACCAAAUUGGCUUUGUUAAAUAUUCAGGGUUAUUUUUUUGCUGUUGUGCAAAUAUUGAUCUCAAAGAGGGAAAAAAAGCUGUCUUGUGUAAAGUUGCUGAAUGAUACGAGGAUUUUUUCCUCUGCGCUGGCUCUCUAUGAUAUUACACAUCAGGCCAACUAAGGAAGCUAUCGUCCACCCUAAGUCUUCUGAUGUAACCGGUGUGCCCAGUUUUCAAUAAAUAGGGAACUUCAUAGGAAUAUACAGCAUUUUUUCUCUAAUAUUUUUGUUGAUUUUUUAUGUGUUUGGUUUACCUGUGCAAUUAGUGUGGGUUUUAUUCCAGAAGUGAAAGUUAUGUAUCAUUUCAAAGAAAUAGUUUAACUGGAUUUUCUGUAAAUACGAUUUUUGCAAAUUCUGUAAAAAUUCCAAAAUUGGGAAGACUUGGAUAUGAAUUUUCCCCAAGGCAGCAUAUGAAAGGUUUGCAAAAAAUUUAAAGACAGAGGUCCGGGGUUAUUUUACUGAAAAAAAUUAUAAUAUAUUUAUGUAAUUGUAUUGCCUGUCCUAUUUGUAUAUAAAUAAUUUAUUUUUAUCCUGUAAAGUUAACUUAUUGAAACACUUUUUAAACUUUGUAGAAGGGAGCAUUUUCUUCUGCGCCUUUUAAAACUUUUUUUUUUGUGGAAAUGUUGGCCCAUGAGACGGAUUUUGUCUUGCCCGAUAUUUCUGUAGUGUGAACAGGGCAGGGAGGAAAAAACUUGUGUAAAUAGUGGUAGUGACAAGAUAUUUUCUCAUGAAUCAACAUUUUUAUUUAUCCUUGAAAAAAGUUUUACAAAGAUUAUAUGAAAUAAAGCUAUUUACUGUGAUAAUGGAGGUGAAAGAUAUUAUGAUGGAAAAUCCUUUUCUCUGUUCAGUUAUUUGAUUAUUACUGUUUGUUUGUUUGUUUGUGGUUUUUUUUUGUAUACAAGAGUGUGAAUCAUCGGAAGCCUUAAGAAUUAUACCACACACAAUUUUGAAUUGAACAGAGUAAGGAGUUUUGGAGGUUGCUACUUACGCAAAAAGUUUUUUUUUUUUACUCAAUGAUAUCAAAUCAAACUUGUUACUCUUGACAGUUAAAUGUUGUUUUAUUGUGCUAUCCUUAAAAUGGACAAUUUGGUGCGAUAUCUAGAAGAACAUUGAUCUACAAUAUGUAUAAAAGGGAAAAAAGUAUCAGAAAUGUUAUAAAACAUGAUCCAAGUAACAAGUUUUAAAUUUCUGUGAAACACUAAUCUCUGAUAUUUUAGUAGACAAUCAGGAACAAAAAGCAGUUUAAGAAAUAAUGCAUGUGUAUAUAAUAUAUAUAUAUUUGUGAACCAAAUCCAGUGGUGAUGUGAAGAAAGACGCAGUCAUUUUUGUAUGUUUCUGCCAUGUAUAUCUAUAUAAAGAAUUCCUUGCCAUUCCCGGUUAAAAAAAAAUGUGUAAUCUCGAGAUAUAUGAGAUAUGUUGUGACAAAGCACUUGGAAUUGAACAGAAAAAGUUUGGUGCAAAGUGAACAAGUAUUAAGAUUGUAUGAACUUGCUUGUUGAAGAAAAAAAAGGAGUUGUGUAUUAACAUGCUGACAUACUUGAAAACAUCAUUUUUACCAACUAGGUCAUUUGAUGGCAAAUCUGUAAACAGACCGGGAUUUAAAAAUCCCACAGUAUAUUUGGCUGUAUAUGUUGCAUAUUUUGUUUUUUUCAUCAAUUGAGGUACCAUGCAUGCAGACUUGGUGAUGAUGUACAGUGGCCAUUUUGAUCUGCCGAGUUGGACAAAGAUUUUAUUGCAAAAUCUGUUCAGAUUUUUUUUUUGUUUUUAUCUGUGUACUAAAGAGGUAGAUCAAAUGGAGAAAAAAGUCAUUUUUGUGUGACUUAAGGAUUUAUUUACAUAAAAAAAAGCUGAAAAAAAGAAUUGUUAUUAUAUAGUGGAUGGACACUAGGUACAUGUACAUGUAUGUAUAUUGUAUGUAUGUGAUAAAUAAGAAUGAUCAAUGUGUAAGUUAGUUCAAACCCAUAGAAAUCAUUGUGUAUACUUGUCAAGUUGUCCAUUAUUGUUUUACCCAGAAAUGGGGAAUAAAAUUCUAUUGAAAUCUAA